AUGGCGCUCGACAAUGGCUACCAUUUUGCUGCGCAAGCCCUACCUACACCCACGGACACACCGUAUGAUAGCCCUUCUAUGUCAAGACAGUCCUUACGCCGAGGAUCUUCAUCCCCACCCUCCCACUAUUCUCCUGUACCUUUGCCGCCCAGCGAGGAUUCGCAUUUCCCGAAGCAGCAAAGGACCACCGAUGGAGGCAAUGUCGACAAGACUUCCGCCCACGAGUCUCGAAGAUUCUCCGCGAACAAUCUAGGCAUCUCUCUAGUCGCCCAAAUACACUCGCUAAAAAAAGAGCUUGGAAGCAAGAACAACAUGAUGGAGAGCUUGGAAGAAAGUUUGCACAAGAGCAGAGCAGAGAAUGAGCAAUUGACCAAGGACGUGAAGACCCAGAAAGUUGAAGUCACGUCUGUCAAGAAACAAAUGCAAUCACUCGAAAAUGACAUGCUCCAAGCACUAGAGGAUAUUGCAAAGGAGAGGGAUAAUGCGGUCGAAAUUAUCGCAGAUAGUCGGAAACGCUUGGAAGACUCGAAAAAGAAAAUCCGCACACAAGAGGAAGAUGCCAGCAAUGUACACGCACUUUGGGGGCAAGAUAGAGAAGACUGGGAUGACAAGAAGCGGAAAAUGGAAGGCAGGGUCCACAUGGUGGAAGAGCGUCUAAAGACUAUGGUGGCGGAGAUGUUGAUUGUGCAGGACGCCGGCCAGAAAAACCCUGGAACAACUAAUGACGUGGACGAAGGCGUGCCGGAUAUUGGGUUCGGUAAAGGCAACGAUACAUCUAGUAUUCGUGCCAUGUCCCGGUUGAGCAAUAGGAGUCUCGAUGAGCCCUAUGAUAGUAAAGGGAUUUCGGACGUAAGAUCUUUGAGAAUGAAUGGUUUGCAUGGUCUAGGGGGUUCACAAAUGAGUGGUCUGAGUUUGGCCGAAGAGCUCGAAUUCGACGAAGACCAGGUUGCAGCCGGAAAGGAAGACAACGAUCAGGAUGCGCUGCCUGAGGAGACAUACACUUCAACGAGGCGAUAUUCAGAAGACAAGAAGGCUAGGAAAGUGAUGGGCUUUCACGCAGAUAAUAAUGAAGAGCCACUGGGAGACGAAACCUCGGGGCAGCACUCCAUAGGCAUCAUCAAUGACUAUAUCGACUUCCCUGGAAAGCAGUUUGCCACUCAUUACACGGAUACUGGGACGCAGUUUUCGCCUCCCUCAUCUCCCACGCUACAAACAUCAGAACCGAGUGUUUCGGAAAAACCCAUUGAGCAAACAGAGCGGGCGGCCAAUCAAAGCCGAAAGCGCAUAGCCAUUCCUCAAAUAUUCGUCGAGCAAACACCAACUCCGAAGGUCGCAGAACCAAAGGCCGCGGAAUUCAAGGCUUUGUUUAUGGUCUCUACGGGCAGCCAGACCAUUGGGCGGCUUGAAGACCCUUCUUCGACAGCGAAGGAUACUUCUAUCUCUGUUCCUGCGAUUGCAAACGGGAUGAAAUCGGCAUCUACGCAAACAAUCGAGGAUGCCACGCCAUUAUCGAAACCUGCAAAUUCCCGCCUUUUCCCUUGGCCAACGGAUGUACCUGUGAUAGCAAUUCACCCACCAGCUUCAAGAACUUCAGCGUCCCGCAACAGUGUUAUGCUUCCGCCUCGUACCAAAAACGCGGCUUGCCAAGUGGCCAUUGAGCUACCGAGGAAUACGAAGUCGACGUCGAUGCAAACCGGGGAGACAAGGAUUGACAAUCGACCUGUCAAGUUAUCUCACAGGUUGCCGUCGUCUGAUCUUUCAAUGCAGCCGCCUCUCCGGUUGGCUGAAAGAAGGAGACAGGCGGGAAGCCUAUCAGGCUCAGAGUCAUCAAGAAGCAACCUUCGGAGUCCACCUCAGAUAAGAGCAGAAGGAACACAGCCAAGUGCAACGACCGCUAGGAUCAAGCAUGCAUAUCCCGGAGAUAAUGAUAACGGGCCUUUGAACCAUAAGCAGCGCUCUGGUCCCAGACGGCCAAUCAGAUCCGAGAGCAUAUUCGCUGGGUUUGAUAAUUCGAGCGACGAUGACCCCAAGAACGUGCAAGACCACUUCAGCGAUGACGAAUUCCUCAAUGCAGCUCCCGUACGGAAGACACUAUCAAAAGUGCAAAAUUCAUGGAAGUUGGUACCGCAUCUCAAGGACUCGGUCUUGGAGAGGUUGGAGUCUGCCUCUGAGGAGGUCGAAGACGAGAAGCAUGUGAGCGUACCCAAAGCAGCGAUUUCAAUAGCGAAGGCUUCAUCACAAACCACAUCAAAGACGUUUCAGACCAGACCGCCGGAGAGCUAUCGAAAAGCGUCGAGCAAUGGUAAACAGCCAGAUAUACGACGAAAGGCUCUUGUCUCGAAUGGCAUUGUAGAACACGCACAACGGGGCAGGAACCCUAGCAAAUCGAACGCCUUAGGAAAAGAGCCAACAGUCGCGCCACCUUUUCCUGUGCCUACGAGGUCGAGUUCUCGGAAGAUUCCUCUCAGUGCCAGUGAUGGAGCUGCGAGUCCUAGUCCACACACCGCGACCUUCUUCAGUGCUCGCCAGGGUCCAAAUUAUCCCAGGCCUCUCACCAAACGUAAGAUACUUCGCAAAGUCCAGUCCGCGGCCGCGGUAACACACCCACCAAUACCUUUGCGGCCUCAACCAACGCAGUCACUGUCAGCAUCUUCCACUGUACCUCCAAGUCCAAAGUCACCUGCUCCGCGGCGUAAUCAGUUCAUAUUACCGUAUGAUAGUGUCGUAGAGCUACCAAGCCAUCCCGCACCUCCCCCAAGUCAUGCAGGAGAGACCUUGGCCGAGACGCCCAGUGGGCAGACCAGUGUCGUUGAUGCGAUUGCUCAGACCAUGGUAGGAGAGUGGAUGUGGAAGUAUGUACGGAAGAGAACUUCCUUUGGUAUCACAGAGAGCGCCCAAGCGGAAUUCGAAAUGAGCCGCAAUGGCGGCAAUAGAAAUGGCAGUGGCGUCAGACACAAGCGAUGGGUAUGGCUGGCGCCUUUUGAACGAUCAGUGAUAUGGAGCAGCAAGCAACCUACGUCUGGACCUGCUUUACUGGGUAAAGGUGGCCGAAAGUUUGCAAUUCAGUCGGUCCUCGACAUCAAGGACGAUACACCACCGCCCAAGAAUGCCGACUCUCAGGCCAUCUUUGACCGCUCUAUACUGAUAUUGACUCCACAGAGAGCCCUAAAGUUUACGGCAACCUCACAGGAGCGGCACUACAUCUGGUUGACCGCCCUCGCAUUCUUGAGUCAUUCUACUCAAGGAAUGGACGAUCCUGCCAGUCCCCCGCCUCUACCCAAGCAGGAAUAUCAACAUCUACCGUCGCUAGAGCCGAUGACUGGAUUCCGUCGGAUGCCAACUCGAGACUCGAUCGGUGUGGCCAAAAUCAAACGGCGUCCGUCGAUAGGCGCUCACUCGUAUUCGUCACCAAUAGGUUCGAUCGAACAAGAGAUCAUUGAAGGAGCGAAAUUGCCUUGGGAAGAAGAGGAAGCCGAAUCAGGUGAUGCAGCGGAGCCUCCGCAAGUGCAUCGAAUCGCUGCCCACGCUCGAAAACGAAGCAGCACCGGGCCCCGUCCAGUGCCACUGAGCGCCUUCCACAGUUACCCAAGCGUUCCGAUGGCAGCGACGUCCAGCUCCAGUUUACAAGGCCCUACUUCACGAGAGAAGUACGAUAGAUAUACACCUCACCCUCAAGUGGAAUCGAGUCGCAACACUACGCACAGCACCCUGACCCGUCGUACCACUGACAGCAGCAUUGCGCCGUCUCCCGUGGUUCCGGACAAUUUCUUUGAUUCUGCGGCAACGGUACGAAUGGAAGCAUUCGUGGACAGAAAUGAGAAGGAAUACGUCCUCACUCCCAAAGGCAAGAGGUACCGGACGAGGCAAGGGCGCCAGAAAGACCCGAGCUUUUGGGGCUUCGAUGCGUCGGCCGCUAGCAGUGCAUUGGAAAGUGCAAGGCUGAAAUUGGAGGAUCCCUUUACAGGGUUCUAG